GUUCCCCAUGCGUCCGCUAAGGAAGACAGCUACAAAGGAUAUUAUAUUCCCAAAGGCGCUAUCGUUUUCGGCAACUCUUGGUCUGUGGUGGCCAUGCUCCAUGAUCCAGCCACUUAUCCUGAUCCUGAAGAGUUCAGACCAUCAAGAUUCCUUACCUCUGACGGCGUGCUUGAUCCCGCAGUUCCGGACCCCGAAGUCACGUUUGGCUUUGGACGUCAUUUGUGUCCCGGUAGGUUCAUGGCCCUUGAGUCCAUGUGGAUCACGAUGGCCUGCAUCCUAGCUAUGUUCAAUAUUGAAAGGACGAAAGGUGACGAUGGAAGAUUCCUUUCGAUGCCAGAGGAGUUGUUCGCUUCGGGGAUU